AUGGACUUAGAGGAAUAUCGCAGACACGGGAAGGAACUGGUGGAUUAUAUCGCCAAGUACCUCAGUACUCUCAGAGAACGUCACAUUUACCCUGAUGUAAAACCUGGAUACAUGCGGGACCUUCUCCCAGUCAGUCCCCCACAGGAGGGUGAGAGCUGGAGCAGCAUCUUUGAGGACAUUGAAAGGGUCAUCAUGCCUGGGGUAGUUCACUGGCAGAGCCCUCACAUGCAUGCCUAUUUCCCUGCUCUCACGUCAUGGCCAUCUCUACUUGGGGACAUGUUGGCAGAUGCUAUUAACUGUUUGGGAUUCACUUGGGCUUCGAGUCCAGCCUGCACUGAGCUCGAGAUAACUGUGAUGGAUUGGUUGGCUGCUAUGUUGGGCCUUCCUGAUUACUACUUGCAUCAUCACCCAGGCAGCCAAGGUGGUGGAGUCCUGCAGAGCACAGCCAGUGAGUCCACAUUAAUCGCUUUAUUGACUGCAAGAAAAGCCAAGAUCAUGGAGAUGAAAUCCACUGAUUCUAACCUGGAUGAUUCUGUCCUCAACUCCCGACUUGUUGCUUAUGCUUCUGACCAGGCUCAUUCCUCGAUAGAGAAAGGCGGACUGAUCACAUUGGUGAAAAUUCGGUUCCUUGAGACUGAUGAGGAUUUCAGCCUACGAGGUGAGACUCUGAGCCAAGCCUUGGAAGAAGAUCGAAGAUUAGGACUUGUUCCAUUCUUUCUCUGUGCCACACUCGGUACCACCGCUGUGUGCGCUUUUGAUUGCUUGACCGAGAUCGGACCUGUUUGUGCCAGUGAGGGGCUGUGGCUUCACAUCGAUGCAGCAUAUGCAGGAACUGCCUUCCUGUGUCCUGAAUUCCGAAAUUUUCUUCAGGGUAUCGAAUAUUCCGAUUCCUUCGUCUUUAACCCCUCCAAGUGGAUGAUGGUUCACUUUGACUGCACAGCGUUCUGGGUGAAAGAUAAAUGGAAAUUACAGCAAACCUUCAGUGUUAACCCUGUGUAUCUCCAACAUGCCAACUCAGGAGCUGCCAUUGACUUCAUGAACUGGCAAAUACCUUUGAGCCGCAAGUUUAGAUCUUUAAAACUCUGGUUUGUUAUUCGCUCUUUUGGAGUAGAGAAACUCCAGGCACAUGUCAGAUAUGGUACAGAGAUGGCCAAGUUUUUCGAGUCCUUGGUUCGAAGUGAUUCUAAUUUUGAAGUCCCAGCAAAGAGACACCUUGGACUGAUAACUUUUCGUUUGAAGGGACCAAACAGAUUGACGGAAGAGCUACUGACAGACCUCACUCAGUCGGGCACCAUGUACCUGGUACCAGCCAUCAUCUGUAAGAAGUUCAUCAUUCGUUUCACUGUCACAUCUCAGUUCACAAUCAGAGAAGACAUCCUGCGAGACUGGGAAAUAAUUCAGCAAAGUGCAGUCAAAAUUCUACUGAAUCACUCAAAAUAUCAGAAUGGCUUUUUCAACAAUAGGAGGGAAAGUGUGCUGGAGAAAAUGCAGUCAAAUUGUAACAGUGUUGGAGCUAAGGCUCUGGUGAAAGAAAAAACACCACAAAGCUAA